UCCCUCAAAUAAUGGCCCUUUCUGUUUUAGGGUCUGUGGGCAAAUUUUGCAUCGUGUUAGAAAUUUAAGGCCUGCAGAAGGUUGUCUGCCCAAAUAUUGUCAGCUGUAUAUCUAUGAUCCUAAUGCAGCAGUGUCAUUCAGAAUGGAACAACCUGGUAAUGAUGGUUGUAUACAUGAGUUAAUGCAACUCUUGCAAACAUUAAUUAAUCAAGAAAACCCAUUUGCUCUUGCAUUUAAAAACAUGGCAGAAGUAAAGGAUGAAGAAAUCCGCCAAGCAGCUUUAGAAGGUAGACCAACCUCUGUUGUAAGAAUGUCUUUGCUUGAAGGUCAUGAUAGACGUCGAUACAAUCUUCCUUCCCAUGAGGAAGUUGCUAUUGUGUUUGUGGGAGAUGAUGGUGCUCCACCUGCAUCCAGGGAAAUUGUUAUAUACCCUCGAGGUCAGCCUUUAAGAACAAUUUCGUCUAUGUCUGCAAAUUUGGAUCCUUUGGUAUAUCCAAUAUUCUUCCCAAGAGGUGAUGCUGGAUGGCACAAUCAACUAGAGCACAACCCUGACCGUGCAACCCGUGUUAGAAACCAUGUUACUUUGUCUCAGUAUUAUAAUUAUAGGCUUGCUGUUAGACAAACUUUUAGUCCUAUAUUCUAUGGUAAGAAACUUUUUCAGCAAUAUGUUGUUGAUGCAUAUGUCAAAGUUGAGGGACAGCGCCUUGCUUUUAUUAGAAAUAACCAAAACAAACUUAGAAGUGAGCAAUAUGAUGCAUUGCAUGAACAUGUAAUUAAUCGUGCUAAUGAUCUUAAUGUAAGACCAGGCCGUGUUGUUAUAUUGCCUUCUUCAUAUGUUGGUAGUCCAAGAGCAUUAAAAGAAAACUUUGAAGAUGCGAUGGCAGUCAUAAAGAAAUAUGGUAAACCAGAUCUAUUCAUUACUUUUACCUGCAAUCCAAAAUGGAGAGAAAUAGUAGAAAAUUUAAACCCAGGCCAAACUGCUAAUGACAGACCUGAUUUAGUUUGUCGGGUAUUUAAAAUGAAACUUAAAUUUUUCUUAGAGGAUAUUUUUAAGCAUGGAGUCUUAGGCAAAGUUGUAAGUCAUGUGCAGGUUAUUGAGUUUCAAAAGCGUGGUUUGCCACAUGUACAUAUUAUUUAUCUCUAGCUGCUGCUUCUUCUGUUACAA